AUGACGCCCACUUCAAUUAUUGCCGACAUGCUGUUUCUUGAGCCUCCCCAUUCACACAACCCCAGCGAUGUCUCCCAUGUGGCGGCACUGCCAGUCUCGAUGUUGAUGCAACUGCCCGAGGCCGUCCAAGAUGCUCUCUGGACUUUACAAGAAUCUACUUCCAUUGUCUAUGCCUCGUACCUCAGAUUACAAGAACUUCUGGACGAGCGCUUUGACCGACUGCUUCCUCUGCCGGGCAUGCCGGGAUCGUAUUCCGAAAGUGCAUUCUUCAACUACAUGAACGCGGUAUCCGCCGAACGGCGCUACCUGGUGGAAGACGCGCACCCAGAUUGGAAGCAUAAGGCGUCGCGAGCCGGGUUGUCGCAGUACGGAGACCUGGUCCUCACUUGCCGUGGCAAAGAGAUGACCGUGUCGGAAUGGUUCGACCAGCUGCAAAGGGCCGAGAAGCUCUGGGUGCAGCAAGCUAAAGACGCAGAGCUGCCCGACUUCGAAAGCACCGUGACUGAGUACCAGAUCUUGACGGAUUCGGAGAGCUCGACGCCGCCCAGCGAAGCCUCAGAGGACGAUUCCCCCGAAGGAGGUAGGAGCUGGGAUGCGCCGGUGCCAGUGGGGCGAAGACCACUGGCGGAUGCCAAUACCAAGAUGGGAGGACACGGAAUAGGACCGGAGCGGAUUGCGAAGGCUCUAGAAGCACUAUGA